AUGCAACGUAGCGAUGACAACCAUGUGUGGCUUCUCGGAGAGGACUCAGGUUACCAUGACAACUACGAUACUAUCUACUCGUCAUGUGACACAACUAGCAUCGUAGCACUGACAAAGGACAGACUACAUGUUGACUACUACACUGCUGUGGAACAGCUGAGAAUGAUUAGAUUCAACUUCCCUCUAGCGGUUGAUUUUGUGGUCACUCGAAUGAUUAACGAGGAACAACAGGACGAAGUCUUCGUGACCGUACAUGAAGGACAAUUGAGUGGAGAUGUGAGGCUGAUAGAUUCGUCUGGUUCAACAGAUACCAAAAUUGACAGACUGGAGGUCUAUUACAAUGGACAAUGGGGGACAGUGUGUCAGGACAACUUCGGUAUAAAUGAUGCAAGAGUGGCUUGUCGUCAACUAGGUUUCCUAGGUUACAUAGGCUAUGGGGUCGUACGAAAUGCCCUAACAGUGUCAGCAUCCACACCGAUAUGGUUGGACGAGCUUGGUUGCUUUGGAUCUGAAACUAGACUAGAUGACUGCCCACACAAUUCUAUUGGAAUUCAUAAUUGUGAUCGUUCUGACGAUGUGGGAUUAGUGUGUGCAAUAAAUGAAGAUUUGAGACUUGUGAAUAGUUCUGGCACCACUGGGUUAGGUCCCGAUGGUCGACUGGAGUUGUUUUAUAACGGACAAUGGGGGACAGUGUGUGACGAUAGCUUCAGUCCAAACGAUGCAAGGGUGGCUUGCCGUCAGCUGGGGUAUGAUGACUAUGCUAAUUAUGGACGAGUAGGAACAUUAGGUUUCUCCCAAUCAUCAUCAACCACUCGGACAUGGCUGGACGAGCUUCGUUGCUGCUUAGGAACUGAGAGCAGACUCAUCGAUUGUCCUGCUAACCCUAUCAGAGUGGAAGAUUGCACCCACACACAAGAUGUGGCCUUGUUCUGUAUUUCGGAUGGAGACCUGAGGCUGAUAGACAACUCAGGCCGAACAGGAGACUCCUCUGGCAGACUGGAGGUCUAUUACAGUGGACAAUGGGGGACAGUGUGUGAUGAUAGCUUCAGUCCAAACGAUGCAAGAGUGGCUUGUAGUCAACUAGGAUUCUCAACCUACACUCAAUACGGAGCAGUUGGAACGCUAGGUUUCUCCCAACCUUCAUCAACCACUCGGAUAUGGUUGGACCAACUUAGUUGCUCAGGAACUGAGAGCAGACUCAUUAAUUGUCCUGCUAACACUAUCGGAGUGGAAGAUUGCACUCAUUCAGAAGAUGUAGCCCUGGUGUGUGGUGCAGCUACUUCCCCUUCUUCCCCUUCUUCCCCGUCCUCAACUCCAACUACAUCCUCCAACAUAACAUCAAUCAGCACAGGAGUGACUAUUCCUAUUAUCAUUGUCGUUGUGAUCCUUUUUAUUUUCCUGUUCUGUGUUUUCACAAACCGGAGGAGACACCAUGUUGGUCGCCCAGCAACCAGAGCUCCUAUAGUCGCUAAUGUUAGAUCAACAACUGUUAUCAUCGCCAAGUCAACCGCACCAGCUGCAAAAGCACAAGAUACGGCGUACCCUAUGCAAUCCAAACCCCAACAUUCAAAUCAGGCCCCCCCUCAGAAUAUCUACACCACUGGACAGCAACAACCCCCAGCCCCCUACACCACUGGACAGCAACCCCCAGUCCCCUACACCACUGGACAGCAACCCCCAGUCUCCUACCCUACUGGACAGCAACCCGCUGCUCUGUACCCUGCUCUGUACCCGGAGGAGCCCCUCCAGCAUAUCCAGGAUGAUUAUGGGGACCUACUAGGCAUGCAGUACAUGCAUGAUUAUUAA